AUGAUUGGUUUGCAUUAUAGAGAAGGUUUGGAACGAUUGUUGAAAACGAAACGUCGAGAGGAUGAAGAAUGGACACAUUAUGAGAGGGAUUUGUUUUAUUAUACGAGAGUGAAACCAACGUUAUUGUCCAUGCCUCAAUGGAUUCAUGAUUGGUUGGAUUCCAAUUUUACUAUAUUUGGAAAUGGACAAAAAGAUGCGACGGCUAAUACGGAAAUUCCUGCGUGGGUACCAAAAGUAUUGGGAACUCGAUUUCUGGGAGAUGUGUAUUUGGCCAUGAUUGCCAUGGGAAUGGGUCACGGAACGACAUUACGAAAAAUCAUUUUCGAACAAUUACAAAUCAUUGAACAAGUUCAACCCAUGGCCAUGAUGAAUGAAAUUGACAUUUCUUCCUUAAUUGCCGCUCAUUUGGCACAAGUACCCAUCAUGGAAACAUUGUCAACUCCAAUUUUGGAAGGACGUCAUUCGAGUUACAUGUCAUAUUUUGUCAAUUCGGUCGUUUCUCAAUUAUUGAAAGACAUGAAUUCGAAUCAGGAUUUACAUUUUGAACAAUAUCAAACAUUGGAUGAUAUUAGGGCAGCUCAUUCACAUUUAAAAGUGAUUUAUGCCAUUCCUGAAUUGGAAAGUGAUUUUAUUCGAGAACGACCAAACGUUUCAUUUGUGGGACAUAUUCAACCACCGUCGUGUGUGCAUGGAUUGAAACGCGUCCAAGAUAAAUUACGAGCAUUGGAGGCAUUUAAGGAACAAGUUCGAAAACACUAUCCCAAUCAACGAGUGAUUUUUGCCUAUUUUGGAAAAGGUUCCGUGGCCUUUCACAAAAUUGAAAAAGAAAUUCCACUCUUGUGUCAAUUGUUAAAUUCUAAUAAUCAGAUUCAUCAAGAAUUAGACCAAACCAAAGAGGACGAAUCAUCAUUGAAUACUACAGUCAUUCCCUAUCAUAGUUACGUUGCUCAUUCAUCCGUUCAAAAACCUUACACUCUUCUCAAUUAUACUCAUUUCAGUAAUUGGUACAAUGGAGAUGAAUUGAGUGCCAUUAGUGAACUCACGAUGAGUCAUGGAGGAGCCAAUUCAGUCAUUCAGAGUCUCUAUUUUGGAGUUCCUACAUUGGUCAAUUCAGGUUACAUGUUUGAAAGAGCAUUUAAUGGAUUUAGUGCUCAGAAAGUCGGUGGUGGCGUAUUGUUGGAUCCUGAAGAGUUUUCACAUUUACGAAUUUAUGAGAAAUUAUUUGCAAAUUCACAAAUUUUGAAAGAAAUGAAACAAUCGCUCAAACCUAUUCAAUAUUCAUUGUUGGAAAGGAAUGGAGCUGAACAAUUGUUGGAUGAUAUGGAAAAGUGGCUUUCUCUGAAACGAAACGUUCCAAAUGAAUCGACUGAAUUUACGAAUCAUUUGGAAAAACAAAUUUCACAGCUGCCAGAACAAGUUCAGAGUUUUUAUCAAAGACAACAACAACGUUUGAAAUUGGAAAUUAUUCCACGAAUGAAAUUAUUGAUUGAGAAGGAAUUGGAAAUGGAACAAUCAUGGUUGGGUUCCAUUUACUUGUUGAGACGAAAUUAUGGAAUUUUGAUUUUAAUGUGGUUGAGUUUGAUCUUUAUAGUAAUUCCAAUGACACUGGUGUGGUGCUGUGUGACGAGAGUGACGACAAGUCGUCGCCGUUUUGAGGAUUAA